UGCGAGAGAAUCGGGUAACGGGCCUAAAAUACGUGGAAAUUGCGGAAUUGUGUAGUGCCUAGUGUCCCUAUCCAGAUCUAAAGUAGUAGAAUAGUAGUGUCCUGUGUCGUGCAUCCAGCCUGUGUACUGUUUUCGCCGGGAUCGAUCCUUUCCGCGCCGUACCGAGAGGAAACAUCGUCCAAACGGUUUGCUAGGAGUGUCCGCGGCGCGAUAUCUAGUAAUCAUCGCGAGUAGAAGUGUGUGCUGUACGUGUUUGUGGGUGGCAUAUCCCACCCCGCGCGCGUGCUAGUGUGCUUCGAAGGCGGGCAGCAUAACGGUGAUAAUCACAGAAUACAACAGUACCCGCAACGGUGAUUAUCAACUUUGGCGUCCGGUGAUACCACGUCCGUUCCAUUCCGUUCCGUUCUCGUACGCAUAUCCAUAUAUCGCCUACAUCUGUGUUACUGUUUCCAACGAAAAGCAACGAAAAGUCUGUACCAGUAUUACCAGCUUCGCACAGGAGUGAAAUUGGAUAGUUUUUAAGCUUCGACGACAAGAUUUAUAAUUUCUGUACAAGUGUAAGGUUAUUGUUUUGAACCGUUUUACGUGGUGCUGUUGAUCUGCUGAUUCAAGAUUUAUUAGUGCAUGAGCUCGAACUCAAUCGCGCGCCACCUAGCUGCCUGUCUACUACCGUUGGUGGUGUACCACUUGAGUCAUGGAUCCGUUGGAGCAAGCGCGCCUCUUUCUGGAUCGUUUCCAGGCGAACGUGAAUCUGGAGGAUCCACUGCCCAUCCGUGUGCCCGUCUACAACCUGAAGCAUGACGAAAUCGAGCCCGCGAUCAUCGAAUGGACCCGGACCUACCUGGAUCAAUUCGAAUGUCCUCAAUGCCUUCUGACGCCAAUCACACGGAUUGUAUUGAAUGCCGUUUUGAAACGUUGUGAGGAAAAUCCAAAAUCCUGCGGAUAUGUCGGGAGUGAGUAUAAAUCGUUGCAGUUCAACCAUGAAGUGAUUUCACGCGUAAACACCACCUGCAUGGAGCUGCUGGACAAUGUGCGACUGAACAACUUGCUGGCCACCAUGCGCCCGCAACAAGCAAUGGAUGAACCAGACUCUGCGACGAAUGGCGCGCACGACAGCGGACACUCGAUGCGACCGUUCUAUGUGGCGAAAGGUUUCAAAAACAAGCGACGCACAAUGGAGGACCGGCACGUGUGCCUGCCGGAUUUUAACAAAUUGUUUCUAACGCGAGACACCGAACCGACUGCCUUCUAUGGGGUGUACGAUGGGCACGGUGGCCAGGAUGCGGCCUGCUUUGCGGCAUCUCACCUGCACUACUACAUUGCCCAGAGCCAGCACUAUCCUCAUGAUAUGGCGCAAGCAUUCCAGGAAGGGUUUCUCAAGACCGAUCAUCUGUUUUGCGGAAAGGGUGAAGAUUUUUUCCUUAACAGUGGAUCGACCGCAGUCGUUUGCUUCCAUCGUAUCGCCUCAAGACAGAUCGAUGUGGCGUGGGUCGGUGAUUCUCAGGCGAUGAUUGUUAAGCGUACUCCAGAAAGCAAUCUUUAUAACCAAUUAGUACAUCCUACACACUCGCCAAACAAUCCGGAUGAGCGUGCCCGUAUUAAGGCCCUCGGAGGAGCUGUAAUGUUCUGGUGCGGAAGUUUUCGCGUAAAUGGACAGCUUGCAGUCUCCCGAGCAAUCGGGAAUCGUCAGGCUAAACCAUCCGUAUCGGCCGAUCCGGGUAUAUCGUUGAACAAGCUGACCGACGACGACCUAUUCCUAGUGAUGGCUAGCGAUGGGCUGUGGGAAGCUUGCAAUGAAUAUUUCGUCUCGAUGUUUGUACUAUACGCUCUACGAAAGUUUCCAAAUGAACCACAGAAAAUAAACGACUACCUGAUAGUGUGCGCGAAACAGAAAAGCACCGAUAACAUAACCGUGAUAAUAGUGUUCCUAAAAGACCCACUAACCAUCAUCAAAGAGACGCCGUUCGUGGAGGAGCUAGAGGCUAAAGCAAAACACAGAGCGCCCCAAAAAAUGGACAUGAACAAUGCCACAAGUAAUGGUCUGCUGGCGGAGAACAACUCAAUUCCGCUGGAAGAUCAUAAAGCCUUCGAUGACAUACAGAACUUCAUGCUGGAAAGCGCCAUGGUAGAGCCUAAGUCAGCCGCCUCAUCGCUCUGCGUCGGACCGGUGGACGAUAUCGGCUUCCUGUCAGAUGGUGGGCUCGGUCCGGAAACAGACGUCGAUGGACUGCACGAAAGCAAACAGUCACCCAGCCCAAUGCUGCCCGAGCAGGACGAAGAAGAAGACGAUGAGCAAUCCCUGCAUCGGGCAGUGCAGGCGGUCGGAAAUGGUGAUACCGAGCAUGAGACGGCGAGCGUUGGUAGUGUGGACACGGCCACCGCGGCUGACUAUAAUCCGUUCGGUAGCGGUGUGCAGUCAUCGAAUCUCAUCGUUGUUGAAUCACCGAACGCACUCGAGGUAGACAUUAACGACAGCCACGGGGAUAUUGAGGAGGAGGAUCCAACGUCUCCCUCGAGCGUCAGUGCCGAUCCGGUCGAUCUGUCUGAGGAGCACGGAUCGGAUUUGAAUGUACCGCACGUGAAUGGUACCGGCAUCAUCGGAGCCAGUGAGUACGAUCACGAUGGUGAGGAUGCGGCAGCGUACGCGGGCGAUGCAGUCGACGAGCAGGAGGUGGAAGUCCACCAGAAACCGGCACUGAUGAGCGAGGAGAUCGUUCCGCUGAUGAAAUCGAUCGACGAACCGAUUGUUAAUGAUUUGCUCGGCGCGGACGCAAUCGUGGAUAACAAACUGAUCGAUCAGCUAGAUUCGUUCGGCAUCUCGGAGGCCAUCAGGCGUCAGCUGAUCGAGCAGCAGGUUACCGGUGCACCGAUGCACCAUCACGAGCAUGACGAGGAUGACGACGAUGGACAGCUGGUGCUGGAGGAGAAACAAUCCGAGCUCGACGGUGCCGAGAAGGAGGACUUGCACCACGAGAAGGCCUUCGACAGCGAUUACGGCAAUGAUCAUCAAAGUGCAGACGUCAAACAGGAUGAUGAUGCCGGUUGCGAAGAUUCCGAAGAAGACGAAUGGGAUUAUGUGAAGGUGAACAAGCAGCAAGCGCAAGAACUAGAAACGACCACGCCAUCGGAUCACGCCGAAUUCGGUAACACCAAGAGCGACGACUUCGCCGAGCAACCGCAUCGAUUCGAUCAGCAGGAUCCGGAAGAGGAACGCCAAGUCGAGCGACUUCUCGAUCAGGAAGUAGAGCAACAGAAACCAAAGGAAGAAGAAGAAGAGGCAGAGGUCGCAGAAGACAAGCAACAUAACAUCGACGAGGAGCAGCAGCUGGCACAAGAGUCGCAGCAGCAACAGCAGUUCGAAGAGAAGUCUGAGCCGGAAUUCGACCAACAGGCAGAAGCGGAGGAGGCUGUGCUUGCGGAUCAGCAAGAGCUAGACCAGCAGCAGCAGGAGGAAACUACUUCGGUGCCUUCGAUCGCUGAAAACGAAGAGCAAGCGACGGACAUUCUUGGCGAUAGCAGCGCGGCGUAUUCGACCGUGCCGGUGGGUGUGAACGAAACCGAUGAUGUCAUCAGUGGAGGUGGUGUAGCUACGGAAGUUGUCAAUCUGCUGAACGAUUCUAAAGAGGAAAUUCCUCAGCCUACUACAGCCGAGACCACACCUUCAUCGCUGCUGGGUGAUACGCACGAAGAGCAACAGCCAGAAGAAGAAAUAGAAGAACGAUUCGGAACGCAGCAAGCAGAGCUAUUAAGCACCGCUAACACCAUGGAGACAAGCAUUUUCGGUGGUUCGUUGAGCGGACAGUCGCCGAUGUCUCCCGAAUCGCCACUAACGCCGGUUCAGGAUAGCAAUUUGGUGUCCCAAGAGAAGGACCUGUUCGGUGCCAACGCACAGGAUCUCCUGAUGGACGUGCAUUCUGCGACCAGUCCUGCCGAGGAAGAGCUGAACGAAAAGCAUAUGUACGAGACGGAGGAGAAAGCGAUGCAUCUAGCUGGCGCUGCUGGAGAGGCUGGCGAUUUCGGCUGGCAGCUGAACCCGGAGGCGAAAGAAUUCGUUCCGAUUCCAUCGGUUGCGGCCGGAGCCGGACUAAAUGCUGAGUCGACUCCCUACACGCCGCCUCGUAUGCUGGAUCACGAAAACUUCAAGCUACGUGAUGAUGCGAUCGUGGCGCAGAGUCCCCGCAAGGGCGCCGCUUCCUCGUUGGAGGAUAUGGAUCUGCCGCAGGAAAACGAUUUCCAGACCGAAAUGGACAAACGACCGCACGAGUUCGAACUGGGGGCGGAGAAUGGAGUCGGUGAGCCGAUAUCGGAGCAGGCGCGCGUCAUAUCACCCCUUACGUCUCCACCGGUGUUUGAGGAGCUCGGGGAUGAGGUUCCUGCCACAAAUGGUGACGACGGUUUGUAUGGGCAGCAGGUCGAUGCCGAUACUGCUUCUGGCGACAUCGAGCUGUUGAACAAGGUGCAAGAGCUCCCCGAUGGAGAGGAGGAAAUAACACAACAGGAGCAACAGGAUACGUUCGCUGCGGUACCCAUUGCCCAGAGUCCUGCGUUCGCGGAGGAUGUACAGGUGAACCUGAUGGAAACGGAACCGUCUAGCGCUAAGGAAGAACAAUAUGUUGAACAAAAGGAAACAGUGGACGAGUCGCCCAUCCAGACGUUGGGAGGUGAUUUUGUGCAAGAUUUCAGCCAACUUUCCUUUAACAAUGGUUACGGUACCGGUGCAGCGACGACGUACGGAGCAAAUCCGUUCCUGCAACAGGAGUACGCAGCCCCAGUAGCGCCGACCGCAGCAGAAGAUGUUUCGCCUAGCUAUGACGCACCAUCAAUGGUAAAGGAGGAGGUUGCGGUUGAAGCUCAGGUUGCUCCGGUGUCCGAAGCACAGCCAAUCGAGCCUGUAGCAGUCGAUCCUAUUUCCACUCCAACCCCGGAUCCCAUCCCAGCACUCGCUGCUUUCGAUACAACAUCAGAGAAGCCAGUUGAAGAACAGAAACCGGUAGAAGACAAACCGUUCGAGAUAACGCCGUCGCAGGACAAUGCUUCGUCUGCCGCACCGAUUGCUGUGGCUGCAGCUGCUGCAGUGGCCGCUGUCGGUGUUGCCGCGGCUGCAGCUACCACUGCUGCAAAUAAAACCGCCAAACCAAAGGCAUCGGCACCGACGGCUGCAAAGAAACCUUCGGGAGCAGCCAGUGCACCGGCUAAAGCGGCACCAACGGCUGCAUCCAAAGUCACCGCAUCUCGGGUCAGUGCUAGUACCACUACUACAGCCGCAGCGGCUCGUAAACCACCAACAAGUGCUCCAUUGGCUGCCAAAAAGGCACCGAUCGCUGCUAAGACCACUCCAACCAUGAACGGCGGCACCAAGGAAGCCCGUCCGGCCAGCGCGGCUUCCACCAAGUCUACACUAUCGGCGAAGACAACGAAACCGGCAGCUGCAAAACCAGCGGUUGGCAGCAGCAACAACAGCACUACGCCUACAUCGUCCGUAGCGGCUGCACGAGCAAAGGCUAGCAGUACGACGAGCUCCACUACCACAAAGGCGGCAUCCGCAACUGGAAGUUCGACUACCAGAACUGCUCCAAAGUUGUCUGCUGCCGCGCCAGGAGCUGGUGGAAAAACGACGACGACAUCGUCCCGACUAUCAACGGUCGGAUCGGCGGCUCGGCCCGCCUCGGCCACUUCGCGACCAUCGAGCGCUAUCUCGGAGAAAUCGAGCUCCAAUACUACAGUUCCUUCCAAACCAGCAACCACAGUCAAACGAACCGUUGCAGUUAAGAGUACGGUAACGAAUGGAACUAGCGUGACUGAUGGAACAACGAAAGCUACGAAAACGACUACCAGCAGCAGCGUAACUACAACGAGUGCCACUUCGCGGGCAUCGACUGUACCUAGAACUAGCACGCUGACUGCCAAGAAACCAGCGGCCACCAGUGAUGGCAAAACGGGAUCGACGACCGCAGCAAAGGCCAAGUCCACGUCAUCGACGGUAGGCAGCAAGACUACCACCGCCACUCGCACCUCGCUGGCACCCCGACCCACAGCCGGAGCUGCCACCUCACCGGCUGCCCGUAAACUUCAGAAUGGUACCGCGACAACUGCAAAGAAGAUGGCCGCCUCACCAACGCCGAUCGUGAUCAGAAAGCCUGGAACCGUGGCGAAGAAGGAUCAGCAGCAGGUCAAGGAAGAAAUUACCUCCUCCGAAACUACAUCGGCGGCCUCAGUAACAACGACAACGACAACAAUGACGGUGGAAUCGACGAUCGUCAGUGAAGGUGGUGGCGAUGUACCGAAUGCAGCUGCAAUCGAUAUGCUUGCAGUACAAAACGAUCAGCUCGUACCGCAUGCAAUGUAAUGUGAUGAACUGUAACAACAGCACCUCAUGCAUGCGACCACCCUACAUCCCCUUCUUCCCCACGGCAGCACUACAUUCACAUAACGGCGGUGAGAUCUAUAUUCAUCCAAAAUUCCGAAUCAAUCGUCUGUCUCUGUCUCUGUGCACGUCUCUCGGUGCUUGUGCGCCCGUAUGUGUAUGUCCUUUGUUCUCUAUUUUCCGGAUACCACACAUACUGUUUGAUUAAAAUCGUUUGUUAGUGUCCCCGCGCACAAUGAUAAAUCGAUGAACAGGACUUUCUCGGUGCAGUACAUGCUAUAAACGAGCGAAUAGAGUUUUGUGUGUGAAAAAGGACUGAUAAAAACCAAGCCACGACACCACAGCGAACAAAAGGGCGAGGGUUAAAAGGGAGAGAAUGGGGUCGCAGGCCGCCGAUAGAACUUCUGUAGUGGUGUGUUGGUUUGGAGUAGAGAAGAGAAGAGAAUAUGGCCUGUUUUUACGGCGAUUAUCGAACAAUGGAGGCGCCCGUUAUCGCAUUAUCGUCGGGUAAUCCUCAGCAUAAUAUUUACACCUUCGCCUUCCACUCUCAACACUCCCUCCAUACACUCUCAACAUCAACAACAUCGCGCUCUAGUGAUAGGAAGUCUAAGUAAUCUUAUUAUAAUAUUUUCUUUUUAUAAAUAUGCCUAGCAUGAUGAACAGUAAUUAGCAAUUAGCGCACCGAAACCACUUUGAAUAUCCCAAAAAAACGGUAGAACGAUCUUUUCGAAUAUUUGUUUUUCUUUGUUUUCGUUCCUUUUUGUGUUUUUUUUUUUCGUAAUGCCGCGCGUGACCCUCUUUGAAAUUGUCCAACGGCUUCUUAAUAAUCAAACCAAAAUUUAAAGACUCGAGAGAUGAACAUGAUACUAAUAUUAACCAUGCGCAAUCGGCAUCUAAGAGAUUGAAGACGAUAAGGAGGAAACUGAAUCGCGAAGAAACGGAUAACAGAACCAGGAAUCUGAAAAAUCGAGUGGUUGCUGCAGUUCAAUCCCAUAAUAAUAGUUGAGCAAUGAGGGGGAAUAGUUAGCUUGGAAGAAAGAGAGAGCGCCAGCCUACUUAGUUGGUGUGGCGAACGACGUUUCGCGAAGGAAGCAUAGCCUACUUAUUAUCAUACAGCAAGCCAUGCUAUAUCUGCUUUUGUCUGCCACCGUGCAGCGCGCUUUGUGUGCACCUUCCUGCCUUCUUCCAUAUGUAUUUCUAUGACUCUCUCUCUCUCUCUCUCUCUCUCUCUCUCUCUUGCACGGCCACUCCCCCGAUAGAAUGAGUUUAAUUGAAUGUUUCCAGUUUGGUUUUUUAGCCCUCCUCAUUGGUAGUGCAUAUACUACCACUUCUCCUCUGUCCACUCUCCCUCUACCCGUUGGUCUGUGCUGCUUUCAUCUUCGUUCCGCGGAGGAACAGUGAAUCGAAAUACGCGCACUGCUAUUACUGCUGCUACUAAUACUACAACUGCUACAACACUACUAAUCGCUUAGCCGAACCACAUGGAAAAUAAUCGAAUAUUUUAAUCCAAUAAAGUCCGUAAAACUUAGUAGCAUUAGAGUAAAAUCAUCAUCAACCCUCAUCGUCGUCGUCAUUCAGCACAGCAUCAAUCGUAGAAAUGCGUCCGCUAGAGCGUGUAGUUGGUAGUAGAGUUGUAGUUGUUGUCGUCCAGAGAAGAGUGAUGCCGAUGCCAGUUGACGACGAGUGCGGGAGAGUAGUGAAAUGUCCACUAGUGCCGCAAGUAUCGCAAAUAAAUGUUCAAUGGCCAAUGUUUUAGCUUUGAAAAUAGCAGCAAUAUGAACGACGGUUCGGUUCACCAUUCGGUAAAGACAGGAUGAACUGGAUGUUCGUAGCGUUUGUGUGAGCUUACAUGCAUGGGAUACCUUCCGAGGGAAACACUGAGGGAGAGAGAGUGGAGAGGAAAGGGUUGAGAUCGGGACUGCCUACCUAUAUACUAUUGGCUGUUUUUGAUGGCGUGCGCGGAAGAAGCAAUGGUGUGGCGGUUAAUACGAUGCACUGCUGCUGAUAGAAAUUCGAAUGAACGAAACGAAUCGCUAUCUAUGAUGAUAAGCAAAAUCGGUGCGUGGUGGUCUACGAAUGGGAGCGACAGGUGAACCCAAUCGAGCCCACGUUAAUGAGUAAAAAGCGAGAGUAUGGUUGCAACGGUGCGACCACACUGAAGUGGUCUAUCCUCUAUUACCGAAGAGGAGGAUAGUAGAGAGGAAUUAGGGGGCAAAGAAAAUCAAAACCGGAACGAUCAAGUUCGUGCCUGAAAUGUGAAGCGAAGUGUGAAGAAUGUAGCGAAAGCAGUAAAGAACGAUCGGAAAAGCCGUAAGACCGGAGCGAAGUUAGCUGAUGCCAACCAAUCAACAAACCAACAUCGUCAUACCACCACAUCACCAUUACAUUGCAGCAGUAGCCGGUCGAAAAAAAAAACACUAUUUCGUAAUAUUUUAUAUAUUUAUAACACAAUUUGUAUCUGUUUAACCGAUUGCCCAAUUAAAAAUACGAGAAAUAAAAAGGAAUUAGAAAAGGACCAUUCCGUCUCUCCUAUUCUUUACGAUG